GCAAUCCGCACCAGAUCCCCAGAACUACUACACAGUCUACAAAUUUCGUUCGAGAUGACUACCCCUUCUAACGACGUUCUCUCCUGGACCAACCAGGAUGCCCGCGAAAGCGUUCUGUUCAAUGCCUGGGGAAUCCUCUACCGAUUCCAGACGGUUGUCAACCCCAAUAACGGACAGAGCGUCACCACUCUCUGGCGCUCGAUUCGUCCAAACAAAGAAGAUCGGGUUGCCAAACUUGAAUGGGCCGCGAAUGGCGGUCUUGGUCGAAUCAUCAUUGGAAAGAACACCCUUCCAAUGGCGGACCUUGUCCGACCCGACCCUCAAAUCUAUGGCUGCCGCAUCUUCAACGGACCCGACGGCGCCACCUACCGAUGGCGACCUAGCCCAAGCAACUCUGAUAUCCUCCUCCAAGACGCCAACGGUGUUGUCAUUGCUUUCUUCCGACCGACGCGUCAAACCCGAUACCAGCUCGGUGACGUCUAUGGCGAACUUCACUUCAUCCGGAACGCAGGCUCAGGUACUGUGAUGCACCCGCCUAUCAUGGAUCAUGUCACUGUCACCGCUAUGCUCUACCGGUUCUGUGCCCAAUGGAACCUGUGAGCAAGUGAGGCUGGCCUCCUGAUGAUCUAUCUCUCGUCGCUGCUCCCUGGUCUGCUGCAUACACUAUUUAACUACUAGUCACCACACGCACUGUACAUUACCGCAAUUUUUCUUCUCCCUCCUGCUGUACACUAGCUUUCUUCUCCUUCUCCUUCGCCUUCGACGCACGCACUUUUUUUUGGGAAACCUGUCUUUUGCUUUUAAUUAUAAUUUGGGUUCCACAAGCAA